CGUGCUUUCAAAGCUUCUUUCAAGAAAAGCAGGCAAGAUGCGAAUGGUCAUCACGGGGCAGGACAUACAGUGACUGUACCCUUGAAAGACAUUUCCCUUCAAAUGCGAUCGGUCUCAAAGGUCUCAUUGCAAUGUCCUGAAUCAGCAUAUGCAGAAGGAGGUCGGGGCGGUCCUUGGUGAGAAACGGGAGGAACCUAUCAGUCAUCUGUUUACUCCUCGUCGUGUUCAAGGUUCCUUCUCAUGCUCCCACUCUUCACUUGAACAACCGACGAGAAGCCUCAAGGCCUCCGCGCGUCAUCCUAGUAUUGCAGUCGUCUUUCUUACCGUUUGUACUCUCAGUUUCCUCCAAGUCCGCCUUGUCUUUGCCAUAUCCCACAGGUAUGUCAACUCAAUCAAGCCCUGCACCACAUCUAGCUGUUCGCCAACAGCGUCUUCUCCUUUCAAGGUGCCUCCAUCAUUGCCAGCGUCUACUCAUACCUCACCUGUAUCUUCGUUGACCCCCUAGACUCUUCGACUAUCUCCGAGCAUGAGCAGAAGGCCGACGAAGCUAUCUCCUCCGCUGCCACGUACCUAUCUUUGCCCACCAUUCCUCGGGCAUGACAUCGCCGUGUAUCCUUUCUUCCUGAC